AUGUCCCGGGAACGUUUCAGCGUAUGCCAUCCUCACGUCCAGGGCUCGGGUGAGCUGCUAACAGCGACAGAAUAUAUCGUCUCCCCGGCCGAUUUUGUAUCGAUCAUCCCGGAGAACCUGAAGCCAGAGGCCGUUGCGCCUUUGUUAUGCGCUGGGCUGACCAUGUACGGCGCGCUGAACAAAUUGCACAAGUUCUGCCAAAAGGGCGAUUGGGUCGUAAUUAUGGGCGCCGGUGGUGGAUUGGGACAUUUCGCAACGAAGCAGGACAUUUGUAUGCAGUCCGGCGCGGCGGCAUUUGUCGAUUUCCGCAACGAUGUCGGUGGAUCUAUCGCUUCGUGA